UUUGAAUAGUGGAUGCCUUAGGACUCACAGCACUUCCCUGUCUUUGGAACUCACAUCAUUCACAUCUUUCUACCUUCAGUCUUCUUGCUGCUGUUCUUCCUGCAGGUUGUUCUGAAAAUGGCCAGCACUUCCUUUUUAACCAACAGGAGGACCAUUGGCACCCUCAUGUUACUGGGGGCUGGCUCUCUGGCCAAUGGGUUCUUACUCACAAGGGAUUAUAUGAAAGCAAGGGCAAAACAGAGGAAAUUGUAUCCUCCCAGUGCAGAAUAUCCUGAUCUCCAAAAGCACAACAGCUACAUGGCAACUUACCUGACCCCUGAUUUAUAUGCCAAACUUCAUGAUAAAUCUACAUCCAGUGGCUGGACACUGGAUCAGUGCAUUCAGACUGGAGUGGACAAUCCUGGAGAGUCCAUAGGAAUAAUAGCAGGAGAUGAAGAAUCAUAUGCAGUUUUUGCUGAUAUAUUCGACCCUGUGAUUAGAGAAAAGCACAAUGGAUACGAUCCGAAGAUCAUGAAACAUGUCAAAGAUUUGGAUGCAAGUAAAAUUAGGAAUGGACAGUUUGAUGAAAACUAUGUUCUUUCCUCACGUGUCAGGACUGGUCGAAGUAUUCGAGGACUCAGCAUGCCUCCUGCCUGCACUCGGGCUGAGAGGAGAGAGGUGGAGAGGGUGACUGUUGAGGCAUUAGCUGGAUUAAAGGGAGAUCUAGCUGGAAAAUACUACAGUCUGAGCAGUAUGACAGAUAAAGAGCAGCAACAGCUCAUUGAUGAUCACCUCUUGUUUAACAAACCAGCAUCACCUUUCCACUUGUCUUCAGGGAUGGCCAGGGAUUGGCCCGAUGCUCGGGGCAUUUGGUAUAAUAAUGAGAAGACUUUCUCAAUCUGGAUCAAUGAGGAGGACCAUAUUCGAAUUAUCUCCAUGGAAAAAGGCGGUAACAUGAAGAAAGUGUUUGAGAAAUUCUGCCGGGGUCUCAAAGAGAUUGAGAAACUUAUCGCUGAGAAAGGCUGGGAGUUUAUGUGGAAUGAGAGAAUUGGCUACAUCCUGACAUGCCCAUCAAACCUGGGCACUGGACUCCGAGCUGGGGUACACAUCAAACUACCCAUGCUCAGCAAGGAUCCUCGCUUCCCGAAGAUCCUGGAGAACCUGCGACUGCAGAAACGAGGGACAGGGGGAGAGGACACCGAAGCUGUGGACAGCGUGUUUGAUAUCUCAAACCUGGACCGUCUGGGGAAAUCUGAGUGGUUUUAUAUCAGCUAACCACUCCAAAAGGACCAUUCCAGAGGAUCUUGACAAUGACCACCAGUGCAUUUAUUUUAUCCAGGACCCUCUUUAAAUACUUUGAGAUGUGGAUUAUCAGAGUUGGAGGAAAUUAUCAGCCAUUAAUCCCAUCAACUUCCCCAACACACUUUCCCUACUAAGACUGAGCUGAAAAUGUGUUGCUGGAAAAGCGCAGCAGGUCAGGUGCAUCCAAGGAACAGGAGAAUCGACGUUUCGGGCAUAAGCCCUUCUUCAAGACUGACUCAGUUUCUCCCUCUCACUGGAUCCUGUAUUCCCCAAUUUUUGGGACAUUAUUUGUGUUCUCCUUUGUAAUGAUAAAUCCAAAGUAUGUAUUGAAUUGGGCUGCCAUCAUAACUGGCUUUGUUUCUGAUACUAAAGGACCUACAUUUGUCAUUAAACCUAUCCUCUUCACAUA